UUAUGGUUAUAUUGUCAGUCUAAAAACUUAUGGAAUAUUAAUUUAUGCAUUGAUUUGUCAUAUGAUGGCCUUUAUCGUUGUAAUCAAAUUUCUAAACUAUUGAUUCCAACGGAGAAUGCAAAUUUUCUAAACAUCAUUACCGUGGUAUCUACGCUAUAUUCAUUAUUGGAAAGGUUAAGAACUUCUAUUAAUGCUAUAAACUUAUCUCAACCAUCAUCAUCCUACCACUCCUAUUAUCGAAAGUCAAAUUCAUCACCUAAAAAACUACGUGUAUUAAAAGUAAGAGCUUAA